CCCCACUUCGCAUGCUACCUUCCAGGUCCUUACCAUACCCGAAAAUUGCAUUACUGGCCAAGAUUAUUGCACUGCGAGCGUCAGCUUCAUCGUACUACCCACCGCUUUUCCAUAUGCCCGGCUUCACCUUAGACAAAGCGCUCGCCUACUCAGCAGAACCGUUUUUGUAGACGCUUGCCUGCUACAAAGACGGAAAAUCGCUCCUCAGCAUCAAAACCACAACCCAUCGAGCCAUUCUACCAAGUUU